CAGCUGUUUAAAGAUGCUAAUUGCGAGUUGUGUGUUGUACAUAUAAUUUUAAGCAUAAUUCCAGUUUGGCAGCUAUUACUAGUAAAUAAUCACGAAAAAAUAAUUAUUGCCGAUCCGAAACACAUAUAAACAAUUUGUGCCUUGUUUAAUUUAACAUUUACUAUGUGCAACUUAUGACCUCAUCGUAAUAUACACGUACAAACAAAUUUCUAACAACUAAACGCAAAAUCUCAAAUUUUUAAAGAUACGCCUACAAUUCGCCAGCAACAAUCCAGCAUUUUAUUAUGAAUGUACGCGGCAAUAGCGAGAAUUGUGUGGAGGAGCCUGUUGCACCAGAAUGGCUUUCUAAAUUGGAGAGUCGACGUGAAAAUUUACAACGCGCCACCAAGCUGAGUCAUGAAGUCGGCGCUGGUGCCCCCUGCGGUGAAUGCGGUGACAAAUGUCCUGGCUUGGACUUACAUUUUUGGCGUAAAGUAUGUCGCAAUUGUAAGUGUCGCAAGGAUCAACACAAAUGUGUUGAUGACGAUUUAUCAUCGUGGGCACAGUUUGAGAUUUUGGGACAAAUAUGUUCAAAACCAGCUUUUAUUAAAAUUAAAGCGCUCGCCAGCCAACCCGUUCAAGUCGAUUGGGUGCCACCGAAUACAAUGCCAGAUGUUAUUUCCGACUAUAUGGAGAAAUUGGGCGCCGCCAAGGUACCAAUUGCGGGCAGUGAUGCGGCACAAAAGCGUAAACAACAAUUGGAAUUUCAAGUACCGCCACAUGAUUUGAACGCCGCACUGUGCGACAAUCUAACGGAUGCCGAAGCCGCUCAACUACAACAAUAUGUUGUAAAGAUACGUGAAAAUUGUGUUGGGCAGGGUGUUGUAGUACGCAUUGGCAACAUGGGCAUUGGUUUUGUUGAGUAUAUAACACCGCAACAACAACAAGACCAACAGCAUAUGCUAACCGGUAUUGAUGCUUACAAUAUGCCAAUGCAUAUGGAACAAGCACCAUUUAAUGCUGCCUUAAUUAACGAUACAAAUGAUUUAUCCUUUCACUCACCGUUACCGGUCAAAAAUGUUGCAAAUGCGCGUUUUAGUGCACAAAUGCGUCAAGAAACCCCAGCACGUAAACUGAAAUUCGGCACUUUAUGCAAUUUGGCAAAUAAUUGUGGUCUACCGGUAAAUGUCGAUUAUGAGCGUGAUGCUGUAUUUGCACAAAUCCUACAUGCCGAUCCGCUCAAGCAGGCAUUGGAGAACAAAAGUAUGGGUUUACCCACAAGUCAAGCCAUAAUCAUUUCACAAGCACAAAUGUUGCCAGAUUUUAUGAAUGCCUCCAUUUUGGGUCCAGCUACCAAACAAAAACUCAAAGAUAUUGGUGUGAACGUUAAAGCGGUGCAAAGUGCCUUAUUGAACAGUCCAUUUUAUGAUGCACUCUACGAUACGCUCAAGCAAAAUGAUAUCAAAUUUGAUGAAUGUCGCGUUUUGGCACCCAUACAAGCGCUUCGAGAAGAAUUGCUGGUAAAUAAACCAGUGGCAGAAGAGUUGAGUAGUUUCGUAACGCAAUUGCCAAACAGCGCGGCCAUAAUGUAUACAAGUCCUUCGGAGAAUAGCUUGGGCAAGGGCGGACUUAGUGGUUCCAAUAGCAACGAUUCUGGUUUUGGUUCGAAAGCCUCAACACCGGUGGGUGGCGCUGACAUGCUAACUGGCGCAGGCUUGCCAAGUGCCUUCCAACAAAUGCGGCUGACAAAUAAAGAACCACUACCACCAGCGCCAAUAGUGAAUUGCCGUGACUGCGCCAAACCUAUACCAUUAGGGGAAGUCGCUGUGAAGGCCGAACGCGCUGGUAAGGAAAUAGCCUGGCACCCGGAGUGUUUCAAAUGUUACACGUGCCGUGAAUUAUUAGCGGAUUUGGUGUAUUUCUUUCACGGUGGUCAAGUAUAUUGUGGUCGUGAUUUAGCUAUAAAUUUGAAGAUACCGCGUUGCAAAGCUUGCGAUGAAUUAAUAUUCACAAAGGAGUAUACAGCUGCCGAAGGUGCCACCUUUCAUAUUAAACAUUUUUGUUGCUAUCAUUGCGAUACACCGUUAGCCGGGCAACAAUAUAUACCCGAUGAGAAGACCAAUAUGCCGUUAUGUCUGAAAUGUUACAAUGAAUUCUUUGCGGCGACUUGUCAACGUUGCAAUCGUCAAAUCGAGCCCACGGAUCAGGGCGUCGCUUGGGGUGAUGUGCAUUGGCACAGUGUCUGCUUCAUUUGUGCUGGUGUUGAUUGUGGCAAAUCACUAAUUGGUGGACGUUUUUGCGUAAAACAGAAAAUGCCUUUUUGUAGCCCAACAUGCGUGCGAAGUAUUAUAUAAGAUAUUUUUAUAUAUGUAUAUAAGUAUACAUGCGUAUAUAUUUAUACAACUUAGCAUUUAACUAUAAAAAAAAAGUAUUCAGUACAUGACGAACAAUUACAAUUCCUAUUUAAAAUGUAUUUUACACAUACAUUCAUACAUAUAAAUAUUUUUCCAUAUUGUAUUUUUUAUAUGUACGCCAGUUUUUAUAUGCACAUUAUAAGGUGCCACGAAAUAUACAUAUACACAAUUUUUACUGUCAGCUUAAAUAUUGCGGGUUCAA